AUGUCCGAAGCCAUGAGACGUCUACGCGAGCCCUCCACUUCUUAUGAUGUCUUGCGAGACUUCGGUGCCUCCUAUGCCACCUAUCCAAAGCGGGUAUCAGCUGUCUACUUUGAACGAUUAGCAAACGCACUCAAUCAGACGGCCACUCAACUACAGGAAGGCGAUCAUCAAGGAGUAGAAAAAGCUCCAAGCCGGAAGCAGAGCAUAAACUCCAGCGAGAAGGACAAAUCAUUGAAGUCGUUGGCAGAUGCUGACAAGUCACCUGCGGAAGAGGAACAGUUGCCUGUAUCGGCGUCAUUCUCCUCGUUCUCGACGCCAAAACAUCGAAUACACUCGAGGGGUAGUCUAUCGUGUAUGGAUUCAAUGCGAGAACAUAGCGACUGUCUAGGUCAUCUUUAUUCUCUUAUAUGGGACAGUAAGGCUGAACAUCACGGCCCCAAUGAUGUCUGUCCGAUCACCGCCGAGGCCUGGACGGUACUAUCAGCAUUUCUUGUAAAUCAGGUGAGCAUUAUUUCUGCGGUAAUUCCAACGUUCAUUCCUCGAUGA